AUGGAUCACUCGCUGGGCUCGUUCGACUGCGUGGUGCUGAACGGCACUGUGGUGACAGCCGCCGACAUAGGCCAGUAUGACAUUGGCAUCCGGGAUGGGAAGAUUGCCAUGCUGGCCCCGAGGUCGUCACUGGCAAACGCGACGGCCGACAGGGUCAUUGACGCGCAAGGUGCUUUUGUGACGCCAGGAGGAGUAGACGCCCACGUACACCUCGCGGAGCCAGAGCUGUUCGGCAAAGGAAGACCAGCAGAUGACUACACCUCAGGCACAAAGUCAGCCGUGGCCGGCGGCACCACCACAAUCGUCGCCUUUGCGCCUCAGGAGAAGAAGGACGCCUCCAUCAUACCGGCCGUUGAAGACGCGGCCAGGAAAGCCCUCAACGCGGCCUACUGCGACUACUCGUUCCACGUCAUUGUCUCGAACCCCACCCGCCAGGCCCUCGACGAGUUCCCCCUCCUGCGCGAGCGUGGCAUCUCCUCGGUCAAGAUCUACAUGACCUACGAGGCACUACAGCUCCGCGACAACCAGAUCCUGGACGUCCUGCUGCAGGCGCGCUCCACGGGCGUCACGACCAUGAUCCACGCAGAGAACGGGGACAUGCUGAACUGGAUGACGGAGCAGCUCGAGAGCAAGCUACUCCUCGCGCCCAAGUACCACGCCACAUCACGGCCACAGCUCCUCGAGAGCGAAGCCACGAACCGCGCCAUCACUCUCGGCCAGCUCGUCGGCGCCCCCAUCCUCAUCGUCCACGUCUCGUCGCCGACGGCCGCCGAGACGAUCCGAAAAGCCCAGACAAACGGUCUACCAGUGUACGCCGAGACAUGCCCCCAGUAUCUCUUCCUCACACGCAAGGAGCUGGAGAAACCCGGCUUCGAGGGCGCAAAGUGCCUCUGUGCACCGCCCCCGCGUGACGGCGAGGAAGAUCUCGAGGGCAUCUGGCGCGGUCUGCAGAACGGCACCUUCACCAUCCUCUCGUCCGACCACUGCCCCUUUAUCUACGACGACGCCGAGACGGGCAAAAAGUCGGCCAUCACAGCCGAGGCGCCACUUGGCCGCUUCCGCUACGUUCCCAACGGCUGUCCCGGCGUUGAGACGCGUCUCUCGCUCGUCAUGUCGGCCAACCGCCUCGCGCCCUCGCGAUUCGUCGAGCUCACCAGCACCAACCCGGCCAAACUGUACGGGCUGUACCCCCAAAAGGGCGCCCUCCUCCCCGGCGUGUCGGAUGCCGACUUGACCAUCUGGUAUCCCUCGUCUGGGCUGGCGCCCUUUGCCAUCACCAACGACGCACUGCAUCACAAUGUCGACUAUACACCGUUUGAAGGUCAUCGCGUCAACCAGUGGCCGAGAUAUACGCUUGUGCGCGGCAAGGUCGUUUGGGACAGAGAUAAUGGGGGUGUCGUCGGCGAGAAGGGGUACGGCCGGUUUACGCGACGAGAUCGCAGCUUCUUCUGUCAAGAAGAACUGCCCCCUUGGGAUGUCGAGCAGUGGUAG